CGCCAGUGAUAAGGGGACCGCGAUAUCAUUUUUUGAAGCUAUUGACCACGCCGCGGAGCUGCGUCGCGAAUCCCGACCGAGCGAGGAAAAAGCUCGAGGCAGGUGCGUCCUUCGUCAGAGCAGCGGUGAGCUUCCCUUCGCAAGCAAUGCGUAAGAAACGUCGUCCGUGCUCCAGUUUGGUGUCCAGUGUAGACGCAAGGAUGACGCCGAGUCUUCCCGACCGUUCAAUGCAACAGUGCUCUAGCAGCGCGACGGUGUCCGGCGUCGCCGAGCAACGGCUCGCCACGGUCAAGCCUGCUCACAGCGACGAGUCUCUGGCCGAGCUGUUCGCCCUCAUCGAGAGCAACCCCUGCCUCUGGAAGAAUGACUCGAAAAGCUUCAAGAACCUGCGACUUAAGCGUCGACUCUGGAACCGAUUCGCCAUCCACCUCCAGAAGCACUUCCCCAUGCUUGGGCCGUUCACUGGUGACAACCUUCGGUACGUGUACAGCAUCAAGAGGCGGCAAUACUACGACGAGUUGAAGGACAAGACUGGACGGACCAAAACCGGGGAGCUGGAAUAUACCGGUCGGUGGAAGUUUUUCGACUGCCUCAGCUUCCUGCGGGUUCAUUCGGAGCCCUUCCGGACCGCCGUCAUUAGUCCCCUGCUUCACUUCGAGAAAGAACAGCUGCUCGAGAUGGACGAAGAGGGCGAUGAUGCUCUGUUGGAGGACGCCGACGCGAUCGUGUUGGAACCUGACGACCAGAGCACCUUGCCUGACAGCGUCUCGGUGCUUCCCGAGCCACUGGCUGCGCCCAACGACGAGGUCGAAACGGUUGACGGCGUCGAAUACAUCAUCGGCACGCCGUCAGAUCCUACUCCCGCGAAGAAAUUUCGGCCCUCCUCGACAAGCCUCGACGUCAAGCCACUUCUCCCUGUGGCCCCGUCUAGCAGCAGCAGCAUCGACAACAGCGUUGUGCCUCAAGUCGAAAGCUUGCCGUCCCUGCAGUCCCUCAGUCCAGCCGCGGCCGGCUACUACGACGAGUGCGACCAGUUCGGCAAUAUCAUUGCCAACUAUAUGCGCCGCCUGUCGGAUGAGGAUCGGCUCGAGUUCCAUUGCCACAUCAUGAGCUGCACCAAGGACUUCUUCAAGUGCUUCACGCGCUUCCACGAUAAACGGCGCCCGUGACGGCGGUGGACAUUGGCGUGGCUUCUAAGCUGCACUGACCUUCUCACCUCACGGAGUUGAUGGCUCUUUCUCAUUAAAAGGUUACCUGACGUUUGAACCUCUGUCGUCUAUUUGACAGUUCUAUGCGUAAUAUAAAAUAAGUAUACAC